AUGGCUACCCCGGGGCCCAGCGCGGCGCCCCAUGCGGCCGACCCACCGCUGACAGCAGAGCAAGAAGAAGCUGUGCGGCAGUUUGGUGUCCUCACGACGCAAGACGCCGAGACAUCGGUCGCCUUCUUGAGGCGAUCCGGAUGGAGUGUUACGGUCGCUGUUAGCAAGUUCUUUGACGGCGAAGACGAUUCCGUGCCCGACCUCAACAACCUUCCCCCGCCACCACAGCCCGGACCGCCACGACCAGCCAACAACCAGCCGCAGCGCCUUAUCGACCUUGGCGACCCGUUGAGCGGCUUCGACGCGGCCGCCGGCCCGCCGGUCCACAAUGUCUUUGAGCAGGCCCGCUACGCCGCCGAGCAAAACCGGCGGAUGGCGGCCGAGCGGACCGACGUGGCUCGGCGGAUUGUUGUGCAUCCCCCCGCACCCGUCGUGCGGCCGUCGUUCUUCAUGGCCCUUAUUCUGUCACCCUUUAACCUGGGCUACCGGCUCUUGGCCGGCCUUUGGAGCGCCGUGCAGUACAUUCUGGGCCUCGUGCCGGGGCUGGGCGCCUUCCGACGCAUGGCCAGCGGCGCUCGGGCAGCACCGCGGCGGCAGCUCAACCCGCGGGACGCGGCGUCCCGCUUCAAGCGCGAAUUUGCCGAGGCCACGGGCUCCGAGGCGCUGCCGUUUGUCGAAAUGGGCUAUACACAGGCGUACGACAAGGCCAAGACGGAACCUAAAUACCUCAUGAUGGUGUUGCUGGCGCCCGAGCAUGACGACACCAAGAGCUACGCACGCGACACACUGCUGCACCCGGACGUGGUCGAGUUCGUCAACAACCCGGCAAACAACAUUAUGUUGUGGGGCGGCAGCGUGCGCGACCCGGAGGCGUACCAGGUGUCGAUUGAACACCGCGUCACCAAGUUCCCGUUUAUGGCCAUGAUCUGUGUCACGCCCAAGGAAGGCGGCAGCACGCGCAUGGGCACGGUCAAGCGCGUCGUGGGCCCUGUGUCGGCGGGGUAUCUCCUCGAACAGCUGCGGCUCACCACGGCCAAGUACGCCGAUGACCUGGCGGCCGUGCGCGCGGUUCGCGUCGCCAACGAGACCACGCGCAACAUUCGGAUCGAGCAGGACAACGCCUACGAGCGGUCGCUGGCCAUUGACCGUGAGCGCGCGCGGCAGCGACAGGAGGCAGAGCGGCAGCGGCAAGAAGCCGAGCAGCAGGCGCGCGACCGUGAGGCCGAAGCGGCGCGGCAGGCACAGCUGGGCAGACAGUGGCGCGCAUGGCGCGCGACCACCCUGGCCCCGGAACCGGCGGCCGGCACGGCCAACGUUGUGCGUGUGGCCAUCAAGCUGCCCGAGUCCCGCGGCGGCGAGCGCCUGCGCCGCAGUUUUGCGGCCGACGCGACAGUCGAGGACCUGUACGCUUUCGUGGAGUGCAACAGCAAGGAAGUGAGCGACGAGGAGGCGGACGGCGACACGGAAGACGGGGUCAUCAGCGAAAAGGCCACAAAGCCCGCCGGCUAUACGCAUGUGUACAAGUUCCGGAUUGCGUCCAUGAUGCCGCGCGAGCUGCACGAACCGUCCGAGUCCAAGACACUGCUGGAGGCGAUUGGCAAGUCGGCCAGUUUGGUCGUGGAGGAGGUUGAAGAGUCCGAGGAGGGCGAGGACAGCGAUGCAGGUGCAGAUUAA